AUGAACCACAACCACAACCACGAUGACAGCUCCCAUGCUUCUUCCUUCACCAAGACUUCUCAACUCAAGGCUUCAUCUCCUCGCUUAGCACGACAGAUUGCCAAUGCUGACCAAAAGCCUCAAUCAACAAGGUAUUCAGAGAUGCUCCCUGCAAACAUCAUUGCCAAGGGUCAGACGCGGCCCGCAAUCUUAUAUUUUCUCGUCCUGUGGUUGAUGGAAUUCUGUUUCGACUGCCUGAAUGCUCGCUUCCGAUGCCUUGAUAUGGAAAUCUCAAGGCCCCUUGAGGAGAUUGUCCUGAACCUGAUGCUUGCGUUAAUCCUUGGAUCCUAUCGGCCAGUCAAGCCGCGACCUUACAGUACAGCAGGACUUCUUUGUGACCAUGUCUCGGUCGCCGGUGAGGCGCCACACUCAGGCGCCACACUCGGCGUCGCUGGACCAGGUGUAUUUGCAACCUCAGGCAGCCACGGAUCGCCGCUCCACGCCGGAAUUUCCAGGAAGGCUAUCACGGGCAUUGAACAUCGGUUGUACAGCCAUUGCGGUCGACACAAUGGGUUCCAGCGAGUCGAAACCAAUCUCCUCACAUGUGUGGAAGGCACCGAUGCCUCUCGCUCCAAGAUAGUCGAGCUCCAGCUCCAGGCCCGCGUGGCCGAGGAGCUCAAGAAGCUACAGCAGAAAGAGGCCGAAGCUCUCAAAAUAGCACACGAGAAACUUGCCAGCGCCGAUUUCAAAGAUGACAACAGCACGAGCCAGUACACCGUCAGCAAGGAGAUUGAAGCCAUGCGUAAGAAGCUCGAGUCACGCAAGCAAGUGCGUCCUCUGCCCGAGAGCGUUGAGGGAGCGCGCAAUGAGGUCAUUCGAUGUCUGCGGGAGCAUGACCGACGGCCGCUCGACUGUUGGCAGGAGGUGGAGAACUUCAAGGCUGAAGUCAAGAAACUUGAGAAGAGCUGGGUCGAGAAGGUCGUCUCGUAG